GCCGAAUACGGGUCGGAAAUAAUAUAUAUUCGAUCCGAUCGAGAGAGCGGCGUCGUUGCGCACUUGCCCUCACUCACCACCACCGGAGCGCUCCUCCUCCGCAGCCUCCUUUGUACCCUCGUCUAGGGUUUCCUCUCCUCUCCCUGCGAUUUCCCACCAUGGAGGAGAAUCUUGAUGCGGCAAUAGAGUCUCUUCUGAAUGUGGAGAAGCAAAUGAGGCUGGCCGGAGAUGUUGCGGGAACUAAGAAAGCAGUUAUUGACAUUUUGGAGCUUUGUUACAAUGCGCGUGCUUGGAAGACCUUGAAUGAUCAAAUUGUUCUUCUGUCGAAGAGAAGGGGCCAACUUAAGCAGGCAGUAACUGCUAUGGUACAGAAAGCAAUGCAGUACAUUGAUGAGACACCUGAUUUGGAAACACGCAUCGAACUGAUAAAAACACUGAACAGUGUCUCUGCUGGGAAGAUAUAUGUUGAGAUAGAGAGGGCACGUCUGAUCAGAAAACUUGCAAAGAUUAAGGAAGAACAGGGACUCAUUGCCGAGGCUGCUGAUUUGAUGCAAGAAAUUGCUGUGGAAACUUUUGGAGCAAUGGCAAAAACCGAGAAGAUAGCUUUUAUUCUGGAACAAGUUCGUUUGUGCUUAGAUCGCCAAGACUAUGUCCGAGCACAGAUUUUGUCUAGAAAAAUUAGCCCGAGGGUUUUUGAUGCAGAUUCUUCCAAAGAAAAGAAAAAGCCAAAAGAAGGUGAUAAUGUUGUUGAAGAGGCGCCGGCAGACAUACCUUCUCUGUUAGAGUUGAAGCGCAUCUACUAUGAACUACUGAUUCGCUAUCAUUAUCAUAACAAUGAUUACCUGGAGAUCUGCCGGUGUUACAAGGCAAUAUAUGAUAUUCCAUCCGUGAAAGCUGACCCAGCACACUGGAUACCAGUGCUCAGAAAGAUCUGCUGGUAUCUAGUGCUGUCACCACAUGACCCAAUGCAAUCAAGCCUUCUGAAUGCUACUUUGGAAGAUAAAAAUCUUUCGGAAAUCCCUAAUUUCCGUCUACUGUUAAAGCAGCUGGUUACCAUGGAGGUGAUUCAGUGGACAAGUCUUUGGGAAACGUACAAGGAUGAGUUUGAGAACGAGAAGAAUUUGCUUGGGGGGUCUUUGGGUACGAAGGCAGCAGAAGAUUUGAAAUUGAGGAUCAUUGAACAUAAUAUCUUGGUGGUUUCGAGGUACUAUUCAAGGAUUACCUUAAAGAGGCUUGCUGAUCUAUUGUGCCUCAGUUUAGAGGAAGCGGAGAAGCACUUAUCCGACAUGGUGGUCUCAAAAUCAUUGGUAGCAAAAGUCGACAGGCCCAUGGGAGUCGCCUGCUUUCAAACAGCAAAAGACAGUAACGAAGUGCUCAACUCCUGGGCGACGAACCUGGAGAAGCUUCUCGACCUCGUCGAGAAGAGCUGCCACCAAAUACACAAGGAGGUUAUGGUUCAUAAAGCUACCCUAAACGCUUGAAUAGCUAUAAUUUAAUUAGCUAUUCUUCGUUAAUCUGUGAACUGAAGCUUGAAGUUACAAUUUUUUUUUUCAAGCGAGGAUAAGCCUUUCUUUGAUUUGGCAUAGCUCGGUCAGAAUUUAAUGCAUGCAGAAGCUGAAAAACAAGCUAUUACGGCAUUGUUAUGACUAGCUGUAUGGUAUUUUGGAUCUGUUCAUCCUAGAUUACAAAUCUUUGAUUUUGCAGCUCUGUUAUUUUCUACUUUUGCAAGAAUCCGAACAACUGUGCCAUGCUUUAUCUUCUAUGGAGCUAUUGAGAUUCAUAUUCUCUUUCCA